AAAAAUCCACUUCCAUCAGAUUUUUUCGAUCGAUCAAAAACACUCUCUUCCUUUCUCCUUCACUAACCAAACACGCCCAGAAAAAGAAAAAAAAAACCUAAAAUAAUAAAUAAAUCGAAAUGAAGGUUGAUGUUUCUCUUCCAACGACAACAGCACCCACCGUGAAAAAAGAAACCUCCGAUUCUGGUCUAUUCGGCAAAGUCCGUUACAAGUUCUGGGCUUUGGCAGCAAUUUUACUAUUAGCAUUCUGGUCGAUGUUCACCGGCACCGUCACUCUCCGUUGGUCCGCUGGCAAUCUCAAUAGCCUCGCCGACGACAUCGACACUCCCAUUCGCGACGAUCGCGACGUCCUAGAAAUGGAGGAGCGAGAAAAGGCAGUGAAGCAUAUGUGGGAUAUAUAUACGAAUAGCCGUCGGAUCAGAUUACCAAAAUUCUGGCAAGAGGCAUUUGAGGCUGCUUAUGAAGAGUUAACUAGUGAUGCACCUGAUGUUAAAGAGGCUGCUAUUACUGAGAUCGCUAAGAUGUCUAUUCGGUCUAUUGAUCUUGAUCCGCUUCCGGUGCAAUCUACGAGAGCUCGAGAAUUAAGCAAGAGCCUGAAGGUAGCAGAAAAGGAUGGAGCUGCAAUGACUUCAUAAAAAAGGGAGUGGUCAAUGAUGAGGAGAAAGUGUAGGACGGAGGCGUAAAAUCUUCCUUCGAUUCUGAAUGCUCAUGUGCUACCCAGGGUUUUCGAGCUGUGGUGAUGGGUGAACCAUACUCUUAGAUGUGUUUUCAUAACAGGGAUAAACUAUGUAUUCAAUUAGGUUCUUGUUCAUUAAGCCUUUUGCUUUCACAGCCAAGUCCUAAUGUCAGUGGAUUUGAACAACUUUUUGAAUAGAUCAAUUCAACUAAAAAUUUUGGUAAGAUCUCUUGUACUGUAUAAAUUGAAAGAAUUAUUUGGAACUCCA